GUUUGUCUGCGUGUCAUGUUGAUGAACGCUAAAACAGGGGAGUCAACAUGUCCACCGCCGCUGCUCCGCAAAACAAUAACGAAGAGCCCGGGCUUCACGUCUCUUGGGUAGAGCUGGAGCUGAAUGGGAACACAGGGACCCAGGAUGCGCAGACCAACCUGCUAAUGAUUCCAGCUGCUGACCAAAUAAAUGCAAAUGCUGGCAUGAGUCAAACUCCGCAGGCCUUGGAAGUGGUGGCUGAGAAUGAUGAAAGCCUCAUGGGUGGAUUAGAGCAUGUGCCGUCAUCGUCCUCUAUCCAUAAUGGAGACAUGGAGAAGAUCCUCCUCGAUGCACAGCAUGAAUCCAGCCCAAGUAGCUCCUCCUGUGAUAGUCCUCACAGGCCACCAAGUCCAGAUCAGGAUGAGGGUCAGAUAACUUUUGAUGUGGAUAUGUCCAGCACAAGAGGUAGUCAGUCAGAGGAAGAUGGUGCAGAGAAGGACAGAGAGGAGGACAUUCUAAUGAACAAAGAAGUAGACUGGGUCGCUGAUUGGUCCAGCAGACCAGAAAACAUUCCACCAAAGGAGUUCCACUUCAGGCAUCCCCGACGUUCAGUGUCUCUCAGCAUGAGAAAGAGUGGGGUCAUGAAGAAAGGCGGCGUCUUCUCUGCUGAAUUCCUCAAAGUCUUCAUCCCUUCCUUACUCAUCUCGCACAUCCUCGCUCUUGGCCUUGGGGUGUACAUUGGGAAGAGAAUUGCCACAGCCUCCACCAGCUCUUACUGAAUAGAGGAUGAAGCAGCGCCUGGAUGUUCUCCUGUCUCAAAGUCUGUCAACCAUCCUCCUGUAGUCAAGAUGUCUCUCUCCAUCUAUUGUACGCCCACAUUUCCCUUUCAGUCAGCAUCCAGUUUCUGUCCCAUUGUAGAUGUUAGUUAUAGAAGUAUACAUGUUAGGUAAUGUGGUUGCACUCCAUCACGUUAUGACACAGGGCAGUGUUGUGCCUAGCAGUUGUCACCAACUUGAAUCCAAUAGAUAACAGAUGUUGUUAGAGCUGGAAUAUAUUAGUCGUCCUUUUCAACUCAAAAAAAUGUGACAAGGACUUGCUGUUGGGUGGCUUCAGGGUUUUGGAUUUUUUUUUUUUCUAAAAUUUUUCCUUUCCUUUUGAUGGUAUGUCAUAUGAAAUCUGGCCUUCUCCUCAGCUGCACCUCUCCUCUGGUGUCUCAGUAGGCAGAGUGUAUGAACCAAAAAUAUGCGCCAUAUCUGCAAUACAGACUAAUUGAAUUGGCUCUGGGAACAGAGGGGACUGUUAUCGCCUUAACUUUUUCAGCUUAACAUUCAAGGGUGCAGUUAACUGAGUGGGGGCGAUGCUGCACAAGUGAGAUUAGUUUUUAAAUUCCACACAUUUUUGAGAAUAGAAGUUGAAUCACGUCGACUCCUGAGGGUUUUACUUUAAAAAGCUUUGUUUUUUUUUUCUUGAAGGUUGGAAAGCUUAAACAUCGACGUUGUAUGUAGCGCCUAAAUUUUUACAGUGGGGUUGUUUGAGUUUUAUUAUGAUAGUGGAACCUAGGCCGGAUGGCAAUUUACCAGGCCAUAUGCUAUUUUCAUUUUUGCCUACAUAUCUUCUUCUUUAACACAUAAUAUAGAAAUAAUGGCAAAGUGCCAAAUUUGUGUCUUUCACCACUGCACAUUGGUGAUUUAUCUUAGACUGUUUUUUGAUUUUCUUAUAUGUUUAGGUAUUUAAAGAUGUAGAUGUGAAAAAUAAUUUAAGCUGUGAUCUGCCCCAAGUAAUAGACACCUUUUGCCAUUGUAUAAUUUGUUUAUACAUUGACAUUAUUGCGUAUGAUAGCUUAUGCAUUCAGUGUAAGUAAUGUGUUUUUGCUGUCGUUUAAUAGCUAAAGCGUCAGUUGCAGAAACCAUCACUGAGGAAGUUAUUUCCUCAUUUAAGAGUGUUAUCUGACUUUUAUCUGGAUUUCACUGUGCAAUCAUUUCACGUAGUAUGAUACAAUAAACAGCGCACAGCUUGUGUAGGACUUCCAGAAAAAUGAUAGAAACAGACAUGAGAAGCAUUUUACUGAAGAAAAUCCAUGUGAUUUGUGUAUAUUGAUGCUGAUUGGAUGACUGGAUGACUCUUCUGUCAGUGUUUGUAAAUGGAUGACAUUAUAAUCAUGUGAAAAAUCAUUGACCAUGAUGUACAGCAUUGGUUGUAGUGGCAGUAUUGGUUUUCAAACAUUCAACUUGCAUUUAGGCUUUAAUGCAUUAUAUAACUCAUACUAACUCAUAAACUGUACAUGUCAUCAUAACAGGCUUAUGUACAGUUGAUCAGUGUGCAAUACAGAGCAUUUUGGAAUUUGAAUAAAGUUUGUACUGUAUACA